AUGCAGGACUCGCUGGAUCGUUUGGCUUCCGUCAUUAUCAAGUUGGAGGCCUUGAAGGAACGUACCCAUUUUGAAACACAGGCUGCCUUGACUGGAUUUGUACCCCAAGAUGUAUUCUCUUACUUGACCGUGACUUCCAACUGUGUGUCCAAGGGAGGCAUUGCUCAUAUUCAAUGGCGUAAAAAGAGCGGUAAAGUCACUUAUGAAUCGAAUGGGUUUAUACAGAACGGAGCAUAUCUGGAGGUGGUGCCUACGAGCCAACUGACAGGCACUGUGGAGGAGACGGUAGAGGACAGAGAGGAAGAUAUGCCACUAGAUCCCAAGAUGGACCCUACGGCCAAUUUAUCAUUUAAUUUGUCCUUGACAGAUGAACAGCGUAAGCAAAAGGAGGAUCUUGUUUUACCUUAUAUCAAGGCACAGCAAUUCGAAGUUACCAUGGAUGAAGAAAAGAAGACAGGUUUAAUUUAUUAUGAUCCCGAUGCUGCGGAUGAUUUUGAUGACGAAGAUCCUGAUGAUGAUUUAGACAUUUAA